ACCCCUUCAACAUGCACAGAGUGGAGAAUCUGCCUGAUUUAUCUUUUCCUACUGACAUGAAGAACGUGCCGCUGUUCAUGGACCAUGCGGAUGCCUCCAGAGACAUCCACGCACCGCAUGGGCCUAUGAUGGUACCUGAACAACCUUUCUUGGGGCCCCUGUAUUCUGCUGCAGAGACUCUAGACCCAUCGGCCUUCAUUGGCCUGGAUUCAGCCGCAGAGUUUCUGCAAGACAGAGCAGUGCCUGAAGAACCUUGGAUGGGAGCUCAGCAUGACGUGAAGGGACCAGAUGCCUCUUUCUUUGUUGAGCCACCAGUGCCCCCCACCGUGAGUGAAGCAAUAAAGCAUCUGACUCUGGAUGCAGCGUGUGUUGCCGCCUUGGAUGUCCUGCCAGUUUCUGCAGAAAAGGCCGACUCCGUCCUUGCGGGAGACGCCAAGCCUGCGCAAGCUCUGGAUGCUCCGUUUGCACCUGCAGCAGAAACCAGCCCUUUCCAGGCUGUGGAUGUUGGGUUUGCUCCUCCACCAGAAGCCAAGGCUCCUCCACUAGAAGCCAAGGCUCCUCCACCAGAAGCCAAGUUUCCCCCAGCAGCAGAUGCGGGAUCCCACAACGCGAUGGAUUUGGCAUUUGCCCCAGCAGCAGAUACUAAAUCUGCUCACACUGUGGAUUCCGAGCUUGCCCCAGCAGCAGAUUUGAAGUCUCAUCAUGCUCUGGAUUCUGAGUUUGGCCCAGGAGCAGAUACCAAAUCUCAUCACACCAUGGAUUCCGGGUUCUCUCCAGCAGCCGUUGCAGAGUUUGCCCCUGCGGGAGAAGUCAACCACCACCACGCGAUGGAUUCUGCGUUUUCUCCCGUGGCCGAUGCCAAGCCUCUUCCUGCCGUGGAUUCUGUCCCUGCAGAAGCCAAGCCUGUCUCUGCAGCUGACACCGAGGUUGCUGCAGCUCAGGAGCUGAAGACGCCUGAACCUGCUGCGGAGCCAGAGAAGUCACCCCUCAAGUUCCCUGCAGAAGCGACUGCCAACGUGGAACAUGAACCGAAGGUGCCAGAGGUUUGUGUUGAUGUGUCAGAGAGAGCUAAAGACAGCAAAACCCCGCCCAGCCCCCACGACGAGCAUCUCCCAGAGCAGACGAACCAUCUCUCGGAACCGGCAGCUCCGGUGGAAGCAAAAGAAGCCGUUGCACUAGAAAAUAAAGACCUUCUUCCAGAAAAAUCUGUGACUGCUGGGGCCGUCACUGUUACAGAGCAGGAAAAGGAAGAGGCUGAACGCAACCAUGUCCAACACGCAGAACCUCAGCAAGAAAAGACCCUGCAGGAGCCCACAGGUCUCCCCACUGCACAAAUAAGGCAAGCUAACAAAUCGAGUGAACGCAGGUUUGGCAGAGCAAAACCUGCGCCGGUGCCUAUCGCAGAUGUGCCAGAGGAACGGCUCGUAGGUCUCCCACAACCGAAGAGCACUGACCCAAAAGCAGACCCCUGCCCUGUAGCGGAGCCUGGAUGUGCUGCUGGAACCUCCCCUCGCACUAGGGUUUCACACCAAAAGGCGGCAGAGCGGCCAUCCGUCGCAGAAAGCUGCGGAGAUCUGCCCGGGGAGAGGUGGGAUUUGGAAGGCUCUGCGGCCAUUGUGAAGAAAAAGAAGAAGAAACCAAAACAGAAGAGAAACCAGCUGCCGAGAACGACGGAGUUCUGGGAUGAGAAUGUAGCGGCCUCAAAAGCUCCUCGAAAUCCUCCGCUUGCGGCCGAACUGCGAAAACCGGACGGCUGUCCCCUAGUGCCUGCGGAAGCUCGCGGAGAGCAGCCCGUCGCCUCGGGAGGCAGAGCUGCGGGAACGCCGAGGGAUGUGAGAAGAGUAGCUGGAAGUCACGUCCCAGAUGAGCAAAACGCCUCCUCGGUACCAGCACAGCAGGCCCAGAAACCCCACGUGCCCCUAGAAUCUGUGUCGGCUGCAAAAACGGGAGAUGUUGUGAAAGCAGAACAGAGAGAUGAUGGUUUGAUGUCGCAAUCUAAAGGCAAAAGAACAGAGGUUCCCCUGGAGCAGGUAGGCGAGACUAAGAAGGGGGAAUCUGUUACAGCAAAGGGGCCGACCAAGCCUACGGAAAGAGAUUUUCUGGAUAAAAAUGAGAAGAGGGAGUAUAAGGAGUCAAAAUGUGCCGACCCGACGGCGCCUCUCUCAGAAGCGAUCGAUGUAAGCAAAGUAGAAACUCCUUUACAGCCCAAACCUCCAGAAUCGCUCCCGUCUGAUCAAGGUAAGGAAGCUCAGCGCUCGUCUCCCAGGCGCUCAGCGCUCAGCGACGCCGUCCGUCGUGAGCUUCAGGCUGCCAGGGGCGCACUGGAAGCGGCAGGAAAGCAGAGAGGCCGCCGUGAAAAAAGCAAAGAGGUUGAAAACGGAUCCUUCGGACAACCUCGUGUGGAGGACAAGCUUCCUCACGAGCCGAAGGCAGCUGCUGAAACUAAACCGGCCUCCUCUGAUAAGUGCCUGGCCGUUGACUUUAGUACCUCAGGGGGAGCAUCGAAGACCCCGGCAGACACUACUAAAAUACCUGUCGCACCCUUAGUUUCUCCAAAACCUGAGGAAGUCAGUGCUCUGCAGAACGGGAAGGCUGCGGUUCUGUCAGAGCUGCCCCUCCAUCUGUCGGCUAAGCCUGCUGCAAGCGAACGUCCCCCCGCUGCUGAAGCAGGGGACGGAACGGUGGCAGCAGAUUCCCCUGAGAAAAACAAAGGGAAAGGAUUCGUUGCGUUCGAGCAGCAGCCUGGAAAAGAUCUCGGUAUCACACAUGGGCUGGACAGACCUAAAAAAAAGCGUGGUGAAGGGAAAGCGAAAAAAAUCAAAAGCUUCUCUGAGCAGAUGAUGCCUUUGGAGGAUGUAGGCAAACUGAGCGAUGGAAGACCGGGCGGUGACCCUUAUCGAUGGUGCAAGCGAGUCGUCGCGCUCGCUGAAUCGCACUGCGUGCCCCUGGCGGGCGGGGAGCCCGGGAUUUCUGUGGCGGGAGCGCUCUCCAUCGCUCUUGUGCUGCAGGGUUUGGUUUAA